AUGAAUUUUAUUGGGGCUGAGCGGCAGUUAACAGAGUUGAAAAAUUUGUUGAUGUCGCAAGCAUUGGAGAACAAGGUGGCGGAGUUCUGUCAGUCCCGUGGUAUUACCUCGAAAUGUAUUCCACCGCGAGCGCCGCACCAAGGAGGGCUUUGGGAAGCCGAAGUCAAAUCCGUGAAGAACCAUUUGAACAAAGUGCUGAAUGAAUCGCAUUUGACGUACGAGGAGAUGUGUACUUUGUUGCAUCAGAUAGAAGCAAUUCUCAAUUCGCGCCCAAUAGUUCCACAGAGCGAUGAUCCUAUGGACUACCAAGUCUUGAGUCCAGGGCAUUUUCUAGUUGGACGCGAGUUAACAGCGAUCGCGGAGCCGUUCUAUGGUGACCUGAAGGAGUCGACGUUAUCCCGAUACCAACUGAUUCAACGUAGGAAGCAAGCGUAUUGGCGUAGAUGGUCUGCUGAAUACGUGACAGGACUACAGAGGCGUGGGAAGUGGUUCAAGAAUCCUACAUUGAUACGCGACGGAUUGUUGGUGGUACUGAAGGAAGAUAAUCUGCCACCGCAGACAUGGAGGCUGGGGCGAAUAGUUGGAACGCACCCUGGCAAGGACGGCAUUGUUCGCGUGGUGACCGUGCGAACUAGUAGUGGCACUUAUAAACGAGCAACGACGAAAAUAGCUGUGCUACCGAUUGAUGACGAGAACUUCGAACGAGCAGGAGAUGAGGUGUUGAGCCAUCCGGCUCCCGGGGGGAGAAUGUUUACCCAAAAAUUGAGUGUGCAAUAUAUUUUGUCUAACUAA